GCACGUGAGGAAGAAGAAGACGAAGUAUUUGGCGGGUGCUUGUGUUCGUUUGAGUAUAGCUACAUCACCGUGAGACGUCCCGACCAUGCCCAUAGUUCAAUGCAUUUUCUGCCUCACCAGAAGAGGUCAGAUGACGAUCUUCCUUACGGCAUCAUCCAUUGUGACCUUCCUACUGCUGAGCCUCUUGGGCUACCACUUCGGCGUGUUCCAGUUCCUGCUCUACGUGAGCUUUUGCUAUUCCCUCACCGGCUUGUACCUUUUUGUAGAAGGUGUCUUCGGCGGUUUGGGAAGUGGCACGGCGUCGAUAUUUUUCGGGUGUUACUACAUCGUAGGUGCCAUCCUCUACCUCAUUGGCGGCUUCCUCCUGUUUAGCAAGGGAUACAGUGAGACUAUGGCCAUCGUUGCAGGGGUAUUUGCAAUCAUCACCGGUGCUGCGCUUGUAAUCUUUGCAAUUUUUGGCUCCAGGCUGUGAGCCCGUUCACAAGGUCGACACUUCGGAUGAGCAGCUGUGUGGCUCCCCGAAGCGUUUAUUUCUCAAACUUUCUGCAACACUGUGUACAGUACUACGAAUUUAUAGCGGGUUCUAUAAUUUAACGCAAUAAAUAAUUUCCA